AUGUCAGAGCUCAAGAAACUUAAUGUACUUAUGUGCGGGACGGGAGAGUAUACCACUGGAUGGACAGGUUCGGGGGCUUCCACGUCAGACAAGAAGGUCGAUCACCUUGCUAUGGUCGGAGUAAAUGGGAAAAAGUUUCCAGCCAUCAGACAGCACUUGACAAAUAAUAUCGCGGGCGUUUACGCCGACAUGGAUGUCAACUUUGAGGAAUUUCCUAAGGAUGGCCUGGUCGACGCGGAAUCCUACAAAACAGCCAUUGACCAGAUGAAGUCGGGUGAAGCUGUCAUCAUUUUCACUCCAGAUAGCACACAUUUCCCCAUUGCUCUAUAUGCAAUUGAACGUGGAUUGCACGUCCUGGUCACUAAGCCCGCGACGCAGUUAUUAUCUCACCAUAAUACCCUUAUCGAAGCGGCUAGAAAGCACAACGUUCUAUGCUUUGUUGAGCAUCACAAACGCUUUGAUCCCGUCUAUAGCGACGCAAAAGCUAAAGCCGCGACUCUAGGAGAAUUUAAUUUUUUUAACGCGUGGAUGAGCCAACCAAAGAGCCAGUUGGAGACCUUCAGGGCCUGGGCUGGCAAGGAUUCCGACAUAAGUUACUAUCUGUCAUCACAUCACAUCGAUAUAUGUUGUUGGAUUUUACAGGAUAUCGCCAUACCCACUCGAGUGGUCGCAAGUGCUGCGACGGGUAUAGCCACCAGCGAACCGUACAAUUGUGUUCCUCAAACAGAGGACACGAUUACCCUUUUGGUCGACUGGCAAUCGGUGAAAAGCAAAACGCACAGAGGAACAGCUGUUUACACCGCAAGUUGGACAGCACCCUUGAAGUCCGGGGUUCAUUCCGCCCAGCAUUGGUAUUAUAUGGCGGAGAAGGGUGAUAUCAAUGUUGACCAAGCACACCGAGGCUACGACGUCACCGUCGACGACACAGGGAAGGCUUGGUAUAAUCCAUUCUACAUGAAAUAUUCCCCUUCGGAGAGCGGUCAUUUCGAUGGCCAGCGUGGAUACGGCUACAUUUCGAUCGAGAAAUUCGUUGAUGCUGUACGCAGCGUGAACGCAGGUCUGACGCAACCCUCGCACUAUGACAAACAUGGGCUCCCCACUAUCAGCAACACCGUUCUUACAACAGCCAUCCUUAACGCCGGCCGCAUCAGCUUGGACGAAAAAAGGCCGGUCGUUAUCAAAAAGGACGGAGAAACAUGGGUUCUAGAGUGA